UCAAUCCGCCUACCGUCCUUUCAGCAGAGAAGAAAAAAAAAAAGAAAAAAGGAGAAAAAGAAAAAGAAAAAAAAAGAAAGGAAAGGAACGGCAGGACAACGCCGAGAGCGCCACGAAACGGCGAUGCCUAGAAGUUUGGAGGAGCGUCGAGACUAGGAGGCGUCUAGCAACCACCACUGGCCGAGUCGGAGAUAUCGCGCAAAGCCGUAAAGCGUCGUCGCUUGCGGUCCCUUCAAAUAAAAGGCUUUCCUCGCGGUCAGCGAGAAAAAAGAGAAAUGUCGGGAUCAUAACAGCCGUGGGAGACUUUUCUUUUCUUCUUGGUGCUUGUCGCGUUCGCGAUAACGUUUGUGCUUUCCCCGAGUUUACUUGUGAUCGAAUCCUCUCGACGAUACUAUUCCAUCGAAUCCCUUCUCGUCUCUUUUCCCUCUCUCUCUCUCGAAAAGUCCAAAAGUCCUCCUUUCUCUCUCUCUCUCUCUCUCUCUCUCUCUCUCUGUCUGUCUCUAUUUAUCUAUCUAUCUAUUUAUUUGUAUGGUUCUUUCUUUCUCUCGUCCCACCAACUCUCGUGUGUCAUUCAAGACGUCAAUGACGAGCCAUUCAAAACACCGGAGAAAGUACAUGGAAGGAGCAUGCGAGAAGAUGGCCAAAAGAGUCUAAUGAGCGAUAAGUCAAACACGGCCGAAUGCCAAGCUUGCGCAGUCGCUGUGAUCGUCUGAACCUCGAUGAUGCAGGAAAGUCCUCAAUAUGGACGAAUUAUUCUUUCUUUCCUUGGAAUUUGAACAACUCCUCCAAUGUUCGAGAAUGUAAAGUGGAGGGAUAAGGUAUCUUUACCGUGACAAAGGUUAUCUUUGGUUAUGCUUUAGAUAUCGAUCGACGGUGGAAGAGGUGAGGCGAGCUCCAUCCUGAAGCAUGCUUGUUUGUCAGAGCUUACGAGCUUUUCGACGGUCGAUACGGAACGUAGUACAAUGCAAGGUCAAAAAUCGUGGAGAAAGCGAGCUGGCGAUGUUCCCGGAGAAGGAAAAUAAGAGGAUCGACGUAAAUGCAAUGGAGGAAGGAUCUUAAGGAAAUAGACAAAAAGCAAGAUGGUGGUGGUGGUGGUGGUGGUCGAGAAAUUUGGCGUUGGGAAAAGGCGUGGCGGCCUAUCAUCUAGGUCACGUUCCUGAGCCCUGAUAUAUCGCGCAUUCCUCCUACGAUUCUCCUAUUGCCGAUCGAUUUUCUAUACCGCGAUCGUAAUCUCGUCGACGAAAAGGAAGAGAGAAAGAGAGGAGGUGGGAGGAGGGGUAGGAAGGGUUGAGGAGAAGGAUGGGGAGAGGGAGAGUGGUUCCUUUCGAUCCGUCGACGCAUCGAUAGUCUCUUCUACUUUCUCCGAAGGAAACUGUAACGUGGGGGCGCUUAAACUAUUUCUUCGAAAGGAUCGAUCUCUCUCUCUCUCUCUUGCUAUAUAUAUAUACACACACACACAUAUAUAUAUAUAUAUAUAUAUAUACACAUAUAUAUAUUUCGGAGGAUGACCUUCGAGUCACAUGCGCCAUCGAAUAAAAAAUCUCAAAGUACCUCUGCUCUUCCUUCGGUCAUGUCUACUUUCAACGAUUUCAACUCUUUUACGAAAAAAAGAAACGAAAGCUAUGCGAGUGAGUGAAUUCCCGCGAAAGACGAAGAGGAAACGAUGGGGGCCUCGUUUAUCGACGAUAAGGGAUAUCAAUCGAUAUGGCGCAUCGUUAAAACUUGCAUCGACUAAAAUCUCUCUCGCGCUCCGAUUCACCCGAACUCAUCGUUAAUAUAAAUUAUUGGAUAUAUCGAAACGAAAGCUUUCCUAAUGAAUAUACUUUCGUACGAAAUCUCUUUCUUGUUACUCGUUAACUUUUUUAUAUUCUAUAUUUUCUAUUGAAAAGGAAGAAAUAUGAAGGAUCCACGAUACCAACAAUGUGCGAUUAUUAUAGUAUUAUUUAUUUUAUUUAUUUUUAUCUUGGUUUCUUAAUACCUCUAGUAAAAAUCUAAGGGGAGAAAAGAGAGAGAGAGAGAGAGAGAGAGAGAGAGACUCGAAAGAUUACGACUGUACGUGUAAAUAUAUGUGUAUGUGUGUGUUUGUAUCUCCGUGUUAAAGAGAAAGAUAAAACGGAGGUAUUAUUAUAGGAUGAAGCAUUAUUAUUAGAAGAGCAAUACCGAUCGAAUUUUUCUAUUUUUAAGAUCGAUCGAUAGUUCGAGAAAUCGAAAGAGAACUAUUCGCAGAGUAAAGAAAAAGUGUUUUAGUCUAUAUAUACUAUUGAGAUUAACAGAAGCGAUUUGUUGAUUCCCUCAAAGUCGAACGCUGCCAUUGACAAAGAAAUUCAUUUUCAACGCGCAUGUCCAAUGCCUUGACUACCAAGACGCUCUUCGCCGUUGCAAAGCAUUACAGGAAAGAGAGAGAGAGAGAGAGAGAGAGAGAGAGGGAGAGAGAGGGAAAGAGAAGCACAUAUGUUAAACUUUUUGCCAGGAUAUUCGCAAUAAAGUUGUCGCGAUAGAAGGAGAGAUACCGAGAGAUAAAGAGAAAGAAAAAAAAAUCUUUUCGUUUGCUACGAAUCUUUGAACUUGAUCGACAAAUUUGAAAGAAAAAGAAGGAAAGAGAGAAAAUCAGAGAGAGAGAGAGAGAGAGAGAGAGACAGAAGUAGACAAUGGACGAAGGAAAAUUGGUAGACAGCGAGUACGCUUCACUUAUACUCCAUUAUCAAUUAAAAUCGGCUGUGCUAUCGUUUAACCAGAGCUUAUCUUGCAUUUACCUAGUGUUCAUAUUUAAACGCCAUUCUCUGUCCGCCUUCAAAUCGGCAGAGAUUGGAGAAGUUAAAGAAGAAGAAAAAAAAGUGGAAGACGAAAAAGAAAUAUAAUUCGAUAUUUUUGCUACGUUCUUUCCCUAAAAUCACAUCCAUCGAAUAUUAUAAAGGAUCGAUCAGUUUUUCGAUCGAAAGAGAAAGAUAAAGAAAUAUCGAUAUAUCAGUGAAAUCCUAAAGACUGAUGUUCCCAUUUUUGGCUAUUCUACUCUUCGUUCUUCGCUUAUUUGCAACGAAUUCCGCCCACAUCCUCUUUGCGUGUACGUCGAAGCCACGAAGAAGACGACACUAGGAGGAUCGAGUUACGUAAAGAAAGGGAAAGAGGAAGAGAGAGAGAGAGAGAGAGAGAUAAACGAUCGGUCGAGCGGAGCAGCGAUCGAUUUUCACGUCUUCGUCGAGAGAGAGAGAGAGAGAGAGAGAGAGAGAGAGAGAAAAUAAACGCCUUACGUCCUUGCGGUUCGUCCAUUUUCAAAUCCAGUGUAAUAGUAGCUCCCACUGAAUAUAAAAUAUCGUACAUCGAACAUCGUCAAGAACGAUGAUCCUUGAAAGCGAGGCAAGCAUCUUGCGAAUCGAUUGAUUCGACGAGAGAGAGAGAGAGAGAGAGUGCACAACGAUAAGAGAUCGAAAGAAGAGCAGGACCUCGGAGAUCGAUUAUCAUCGAAUCAUGACAAAAUACGGCUUGGUCAGACUCGCCCUGUGGCGACCAAGGCGUUCCGUAACUUCGCAACCACCGAACAACCAGGAAAACAACCCUCUCAUGGAGGGCGAAGGUGGUGGUGGCGGUGGCGGUGGAGUCGGUGGCCGUUCCGUGAGUAGCACUACCGGUGGUGGUGGUGGUGGUGGUGGUGGUGGUGGUGGUGGCGGAGGAGGAGGAGGCGGUGGUGGUGGUGGCGGAGGAGGUGGCGGCGGAGGAGGUGGCGGCGGAGGCAGUGUCGGCGGCCGACGUGCACCGAGUCUACGAUUGGUAAAUGGAAGAGCUACCACCGGGAUCAGUUUACACACCAGUAGCACAGAAUCCGUACGUUCGCCUCAUCACCACCUCGGUCAGCAGCAGACCGCCAAUAACAACAACAACAACAACAACAACAACAACAACAACAACAACAAUAACAAUAACAAUAACAAUAACAACAACAACAACCACAAUAACAACAACAACUGCCACGCCGGUAACAACCCCGCCGCGAACAAUCAUCCAAGACUCAACAAAGAUGACAGCAUCAAGAUUAGCAUCGAGAACACCAACACCUGUACAGACAGUCUCGUCACCGCUUUAGACGACGAGGCACUGCUAAUCACUGACUUCUUGGGCGAUACAGGCAACGAGAUGAAUUACAAAGGCAGCGGUAAAGUCCACUUCGGAGUGGACGAUGUGUCCCUCUAUGGGACGCCGAAAGAGGAACCGGGCCCGGGUCUCCCGGGCCAGGAGGUUAAACAGAGCUUCCUUAAGAAUCAACUUCAAGCCCUCUUUCAGCCGACGGAUAACAAGCUUGCGAUGAAACUCUUCGGCAGCAAGAAGGCACUUAUGAAGGAAAGGAUCAGGCAAAAGGCGGCGGGUCACUGGGUCAUCCAUCCUUGCUCCAGUUUUCGAUUUUACUGGGACCUCUGCAUGCUCCUCCUUCUGGUUGCUAAUUUGAUAAUUCUGCCAGUUGCCAUUAGUUUUUUCAAUGACGACCUAAGCACUAGGUGGAUAGCCUUCAACUGCCUUUCCGACACUAUAUUCCUCAUAGACAUCGUCGUAAACUUUAGGACCGGUAUAAUGCAGCAAGAUAACGCCGAACAAGUGAUAUUGGAUCCCAAGUUAAUCGCAAAACACUACCUCAGGACUUGGUUCUUUCUCGACCUCAUCUCAUCCAUACCGCUAGACUAUAUUUUCCUCAUAUUUAAUCAAUUUCAGGACUUCAGUGAGUCCUUCCAGAUCCUGCAUGCUGGACGUGCUCUCAGGAUCCUCAGGCUUGCAAAACUGUUAUCACUCGUUAGGUUACUACGCUUGUCAAGACUGGUGCGGUAUGUCUCACAAUGGGAAGAGGUCUAUAUCCCCCUUUAUCAACAGCCGGAGAGGCACUACGAGCGUCGGGCGACACCGCCCCAACCAGACCGAACCAGCAAGAUAUUGCAGAACCUACAAAAAAAACGCACUGAGCGGAGGGGGCGCCUAAGUUCUGACAAUAUGAGUAAAAAGAAGUCCGGUUUCAGCAAAAGCGACCUUAUUUUUAAGUUCCUGAAUAUGGCGUCGGUGUUUAUGCGGAUUUUUAACCUGAUCUGCAUGAUGCUACUGAUCGGCCACUGGAGUGGCUGUUUGCAAUUUCUGGUACCCAUGCUUCAAGGAUUUCCCAGUAAUUCGUGGGUCGCCAUUAACGAAUUGCAAGACUCGUUUUGGCUCGAGCAAUAUUCCUGGGCCCUCUUCAAAGCGAUGUCGCAUAUGUUGUGCAUAGGUUACGGCAGAUUCCCUCCGCAAUCGUUAACGGACAUGUGGCUUACGAUGCUCAGUAUGAUCAGCGGUGCUACUUGUUACGCGCUAUUCCUGGGACACGCGACGAAUCUCAUUCAGUCUCUCGAUUCCUCGAGAAGACAAUACCGCGAAAAGGUGAAACAAGUGGAAGAAUAUAUGGCCUAUCGCAAACUACCGCGGGAAAUGAGACAGAGAAUAACCGAAUACUUCGAACACCGAUACCAAGGGAAAUUUUUCGACGAGGAAUUAAUACUUGGCGAGCUGUCGGAGAAGCUAAGAGAAGAUGUAAUAAACUACAACUGCAGAUCGCUCGUCGCCUCCGUGCCAUUUUUUGCAAACGCCGAUUCGAACUUCGUCUCGGAUGUGGUCACCAAAUUGAGAUACGAGGUCUUCCAACCAGGUGACAUCAUUAUAAAGGAAGGUACCAUCGGCUCGAAAAUGUACUUCAUACAGGAGGGCAUUGUCGAUAUAGUUAUGGCGAAUGGCGAAGUGGCGACUUCCUUGUCGGACGGUUCUUACUUUGGCGAAAUUUGUUUGCUGACGAACGCAAGGAGAGUGGCCUCGGUCAGGGCGGAAACCUAUUGCAAUCUCUUCAGCCUCUCGGUGGAUCAUUUCAACGCCGUAUUGGAUCAGUAUCCACUUAUGCGUAGAACCAUGGAGAGCGUUGCCGCCGAGAGGUAUAAACUUUGGUUAAACAAAAUCGGUAAGAAUCCUAACUUGGUCGCGCACCGGGAGGAGGAUCUUGGCAGCGAAUCAAAAACGAUAAAUGCGGUGGUGAACGCGCUCGCUGAACAGGCAGCGCAUGCCAGUGCCAGCGAAGAAUCGGUGCAUAGCAUGGAACUUCGAACGAUGCCAACGUGUCUCCUACCGAGGCCAAAGUCCGAGAACAAUUUUGCGAGUCAAGAACUUACGAGAGAGGGACGUAGGAUCUUCCACAAGAGCGAUACUUUCCACAAGGAUUCGUAUCAAUGACGACACUCGUUAUACUAGCACACGGAGAGAUAUUAAUGGCUCCUCGCUAGACACUGGGUCUUUUUCCUGCGCUAUUCAAAGACGAUAUCAGUUUAUGUGCCGAUGACUGGACGAUAUCUCUUUACGAUUAGGUGAAAACGGUCUACACGUAGUGAUACGCCAUGCCAAUAGUCGUUUUAGCGAUCGGUUUAUAGCGCCUUCUUCUAUUUUAUUCUUUCGUCCAGAAUUUGUCCAUAAAACUGUCAAAGAGGAGAUAAGACCCAAAACUCCAACAGCAACAUCGACCGCCUUUCCGUCAUUUUAGACUCGUCGACUUCUUCUGUGACUUUGUCUCCGUCGUUGCCCUAAUCGCAGCGACCCGCGCCUAUGCACAUUUCUCUUUCUCUCUCUCUCUUUCUCUCUGUAUAUAUAUAUAUAUAUAUAUAUAUAUAUAUAUAUAUAUACAUAUAUAUACAUACACAUAUAUAUAUACACAUAUAGUAUAUUCUAUUAUUUUACUUUGUGAUCUUUCAUUAUUUCUUACCUUAUCAAAGGACCCUAUUGCAAUAACGUAGAUAUGACUAGAAGAGAAUAAAACUAAUUUUUGAAAUUUCAAAAGAAGAAAAAAGAAUAUGAAAUGCGACACGUUUACGAUAGCGACGUCGAGCUUAAAAGUUAACGAUCAAAGGUGCGUUUAAAUUUUCCUAUCAUACUUGUAAAAAUUCACGAAUAGAGCUGUAAAUAUAUUUACUGUGCGAAAUGAUAAACGUACUUUUGACGAUAUGAUCAACGUUCAAAGAAAUUCGAAAAGUACAUUCAUUCUUUUGCAGUUUCCAAUUUAGGCCACUUGUCAUUACAGAGUCCAGCGCGACAGGAAUUAACGAUAAUAUAUAUAUAUAUAUAUAUAUUUAUGAUUGAUUUAGAUAUAUUUUCUCUCGUAAGCUUUUCUGAUUUGAAAAAGUCGUUCGCGAGGGUGAAAUUAUCGGAGACAAAAUGUUCGAUUAGCUUGGAAAAGAUAAUAGAACGAGGCUACUUUCUAAGCUGACCAUCACCAAGUCUACGAAUUCACAGAAGAAGUAGGACUAUUGAUUCGCGAGUUGUAUGCCGUUUGGAGAACGUGGAGCCGAGUCUGUGCCGCGAGCUUCUUCAUCGAUAUCAUCUAUUGGCAUCUUUACAAACGUGCGCCCCUAUAGCGCUACGCGACGACCCGACAAAGGAUGAAGAUCUCGUUAGACGAAAACAGCAGGCCUAGAAGUUUGUAGAAAAUAUAUUAUAGUCCAUUGUGAAAGUAGGUAUUACCCUGGUAAAAAUAGUAUAACGACGCGUAAUUCUCUGUGAUUUUGUAAUUUGCCGUUUCGCACUUUAGGAGAGAAAGAGUGUAAACGAACAAUAUUAGAAUUCACUAUUUCUUAAGGCAAGAGGUAACAUAAAAUUAAUAAACAAACAAACAAACAAACAAACAAACAAACUAACAGAAAAAAAAAACAAAACAAAAAAAAAAUAAAACACAAGAGAAUAAUUAAUACUCGUGAUACGAGAAAUACUAUCGAUAAGUUUGCGAACGUGUUUUAUCCUUAAGGGCUUAAGUCGCACGUCCACAUCGAAGUGACAUUGUCGGGAAACGUCAAUCUGGAAAAACAGGAUCAAUUGCCGAACGGUAUAUUUCUAACAAUAAGGAGAAAAAAGAAGAAGAAGAAUUUCAAAUAAGACGUCCACGCAAAGAUAACGACAUUUCUGGUCAAAAAAGAAAAAGAAAAAGAAAAAAAAAGAAGAAGAGUUAAACAACACCAAACGUCCACAUUGAACCAACAACAAGUUAGUUGCCUUUGAGAGAUGUCUCCUUUGAAUUUAUCGAGACGCCGUUUUUCCUUCGCUUACUUGCGUUUCUCUAUGCUCCGUCUGAGAGUGCCUCACUAACGAUGUUCUUAUUCCUAUUUUUCUUCUAUUCUUAUUUUAGGUACUAAAGAUAUUGCAACAAAAAAAAAAAAAACAAUAAAAAUAAAACAAAAAUGAAGAAAAAAAGAAAAAAAGACAAAAAAAACCACGAUGAUGUCGCGCCUAGUGGCGUUUAUACCAAUCAAAGAUCCGAUGACAAAAUAUUGUGAACGUCAAUUAAUCUCGAGUCUUUAACGAAACUCUAUCGUCAAGACGUAUCUAAAUACCUAUGCGCGAUAUUUAGAACAAGUAAGUUUAGUCAGUCCAAAUACGCGGGAACGUGUGUAAAUAUAUAAAAAAAAAAAAAAAAUUAUAAUUAAUACGACGAGCAAUUCACACCACCGUGUGCAGAGGGGUUCUACUUUUUUCUUUUUUCUUUCUUUUUUUUUUUUUUCUCUUUUUCUUUGUUUCAUUCUUCGAUUUCGCCUAAUCUCAUAUCGUCUUUGACCUUUGUCAUUCGUAAUUAGGCGUACGAAUUAACAGGAGUAAUAUUAACGAGCGAACACGUAUACACAUAUACAUACACACAUGCGCACGCACACACACACACACACACGCACACACACACGAACAUUCCUUAAAUAAGAGCACAUCUUUCUUUCUUUCUUUCUUUCUUUCUUUCUUUCUUUCAUUCUUUCCCUCUCGUUAGUAACGUUGUCAAGGAGACAGCGUAUUAAGAGCGUAUCUUCAAACGUAUUUCCAACGACGUGACUUCGGUAUGGACGCGGCAUUAGCUUCGUACUUUGAUAGGACCCCGCGUAAAACGAUAAGACGAAUGCCAUGCAAUACUCUAAGAACAUAAGGAAUAGGUUGGAACUUAAACAUUCCAAAGAAGCUUACUAAUUACGGCGGGACUUUUUUCUAAUUUCGAGACCGAUAAGGAGCCUUACGUUCGGAGCUUGCUUACUUAGCAUGAUUCCUCGGAUCUCCCCCUUUAUCCCUAGUCUCCUAUCCCCUUACGUCACUUUUCCCCAUCCCACGCUUUCCUGUCUUAGGUCGCUUCGACAAUUUAGUGGUAUCGCUAGAUAACGCCGGGUUGUGAAUUCGAAUCGUUUAAAAAGAAAAUGAUUAAAAAAAAAAAAAAAUUAUUGGAAAAUUCGGGAGACCGUCCUGUAGUGAGAGGCGUUUAACGCGGAGUAUCGUGAUUAUAUCCGUGGACGCAUUGAAAUGCGAGAUAUACGAGUUUAAGGAGAAAUUAAAGGGAGAGAGAGAGAGAGAGAGAGAGAGAGAGAGAGAGAGAGAAAAAGGAAAAAGGAGAAAAAAAAAGAAAACAUUAUGGAUGAGCUGGUUCUACAAAGCAAGAAGAAGAAGAAGAAGGAGCAGAAGAAGAAGAAGAAGAAAAGUAAUAAAAUAAUUAAUAAAAAAAAAAAAAUAAAAAAAAGCUAUCAAGUGCCCAAAGACCGUGUUAACUUGUUGAGAGUCCUUUGGGUCACCGCGGCUACAAUAUUGAUGAAUGAAAUAUUAAGUGAUACGCGAGAGAAGUAUCUUUUUACGUGGUGAAUAAACGCGAUGUACUAUAAAAAGAAAAAAAAGAAAAAAAAAAAGGAAAAAAAAAAAAAAGAAAAGAAGAAGAAGAA